AUGGCUGACAAAAGCUUUUUUGUGGACAUGCCACAAAGGCAAUCUCCUCGAGGGACGCAUCAGGUUAGGCUAUCGAGUUAUGAUUCAAAACCUUUGCAUCAUCGACCUAUUACUGAUUGUAGUAGUCUGAAGCUUGAAGAUCGUCGUUCACCAAGAGGUGCUCCACAAUCUGAUCCAUUAAACCAAAAGAAGCUUGGCACUUGUAUUGCAGAUUUAGAAUCUCAACUAGGGCAAGCACAAGAAGAGCUGAAGAAUCUCAAAGACCAUUUGGCUUCAGUAGAAGCUACAAAGAAAGAAGCACAACAAGAGCUAGAAAAUAAGACCAAGAAGCCUAAAGCUCGAGAAACUGUUGAAGUCAAUGAGAAGGUUUCUCCGAAAAGAACUCGAGAUUCUAAGAAAUCCAAUUGUAGCAUCAGAGAUGAAGAUUUUGUCACAAAUCAGACUGAAGCUGAUCAAAAUGGAACUGAAAUGGACAUUGAUAAUGAACCAGUCAGAAGCACAAGACCAUUGGCUGAGAUUUAUGAAAGAGCUCAAGUUGCAACAGUUGAACCAAGCUGUUUUGAAGAGCUUGAAGCUCAACAAGGCUGGAAACAGGCAAUGGCUGAAGAAAUUAGUAUGAUUGAGAAUAAUCAGACCUGGCAGCUAGUUGAGAGACCAACAAACAGAAAGGUCAUUGGAGUGAAAUGGGACUAUGCAGCAUGCAAGCCAAGGAGGAGUGUUGAAAUUAGCAUGCAUGCAACACAUGAACAGCCAAGGAGCAGCCCAUGCAGUCCAAGUUACGUGGAUGAAUUAUGA